AUGAGUUUAGCAAAUAAUAAUGGCAAUUCUGAUGAUGCUAACAACAGUGGCAACAACAAUGAAAGAGAAAAUACUAAUACAGCUGGUGAUAGACCAAAUGUUCCCAUGAAUAUUACCAAUAACGUAGUGGUAGCUAUUAAUUAUGUAGUACAAGCGGAAGAUGAUGAUGUUGAAAACACCACUGAAAACAAUAAUAAUAACAAUAAUAAUGCUCAUGAGACUGGAGACAAUGCGAAUAAUAAUAACAAUCCUGCAAUAGUAAAUUUUGCUACACGUACGCCAAGAGCGGGUACUUUUUAUUUAAAUUUCACAGAUUUGCCACAAAAUACAUCACCAGAGGGAUUUAACGAUAUUAUGCAAAUGGCCGCACAGAUUGCUAUGAACAGAUUAACUAGAUCUUUUCGUAGAGUUUAUGGUUUGAAAAAAGAAGCUUUUGAAAAGCUACCCAUUAAAAAAUUAAGCGAUUUGAGAAAAGAAGAUCGACUGUGCAGUAUUUGCUAUGAAGAUUUAGAGGAGCACAAGGAGAAUUUGAAAAAAAGAAGUCAUUCGGAUGAAGAACAUGAUAAUAAGGGAAAUAAUAGUACCAAAAAAUAUAAAGUAGAUGAACAACAGGGAGAAGUGAGAGAAGAGCAUGUAGACGCAAGUGGGAAUGGAAAUGGGAACGCUAACGAACAUGCUAACGAACACCCUAACCAACACGCUAACCAACACGAAAAUGAAAAUUCAUUAGGAGUUACCAAUAGUAAUAAUGUUGGAACUGAAACCACUAAAAAACCUCCUGUUGAACCAGUAUAUGAUCAUUGUCCCACUGGUUUGCCUUGCGGCCACGUUUUUGGUAGGGAAUGUAUUUAUGAAUGGACUAAAGAACAUAAUUCAUGUCCUAUUUGUAGAUCCAAAAUUGUUGAACCCGAUAAUUUAAUCCGCUCUGAGGAUAAUAUCCGCGAAGAUGACAACAUGUCUUUUGAAACAGUUAGACAAUUAUUAUAUGGGCCUAAUCCUGCUAAUACCACUACAACUACCACUACUACUACAACCACCACCACUACAACCACAGCUCCUAACGGCAAUGAUAAUACUACCACCAAUAAUAGCCCUGAUGCCAAUGUUAAUGAAAACAGCAGUAAUACGACAGAACCACAGUCCAGAAAUACUCCUGUUCAGAGAAAUGAUAGCAACACAAAUAGGGUUAUGCCGAAUUUUUUGAUUUUACAUGCACCUCAACAACAACAUCAAUACCAUCCGUUAAGGAGAAGUAUUACUGCAUCAUCAUCAACUUUACCUUUAACAGGAUUGAGAACUAUUACUCUUCCAAGAAGAAAUCAUAAUGCUGCUACUGGCAUUACUGGUACUAAUAAUACUGCUAAUGUUGUGACUGCGGCUGCCAAUACCACUAGUACUAAUAAUGAUAGUGGCAAUAACACUAAUACUGGCAGUGGUAUGGACAUAGCUGCUUUAAAUCAGGCAAGAAAUUUUAUUACCAGAACUUUAGAUACCCUGUUUGGUGCUAACAAUCUUAGAAGUACGGGACAAUCCGACACCAACAAUAAUACUAACCUAGAGAAUAGCGAUGUAAGGAAUCGCAACACUAGCAGCACUAGUGGUGUCAGUGAAAAUAAUGAAGAUAAUAAUGUCUCUAGCAACAAUAAUAGUACAAACAAUACUACUAUGAGUGAUACCACUGUUGCUCCUAGUAGUAAUAGUAAUAGUAAUAAUAAUAAUAAUAAUAAUAAUGACACUACCAAUAAUACCACUAGCCAUGCUAUUGCUACCAAUGAAGAUAACAUUAAUAAUGAUACCAGAACUACUACUACUACCACUACUACUACCAACACCAACAACACCAACAACAAUAAUAAUAAUAAUAAUAAUAAUGACAGUGCUGGUAAUAGUAAUACAAAUGGUAACAGAGAUGCGGUUUCUUCCUUAAGACAUGUAUUAGAAAAUGUAAGGAACAGAUUAAAUGUUGCAGAUCAAUUAUUUGGAAGCGGAUUAGCCAGCUACAGGACAGAAACUGGAAUCGAAACUGUGAACCUUAACACAAGUGAAUCAUUGAACAGUGCUACCAAUCGCACAUCUAAUGUUAGUAACGUUUCAUCAUCUGACAUUAGAUCUCCGUUGAUAAAUAGGAGAACAAAUACCAACUUAACUGAAAAUAAUGCACAUAAUGAUAACAGUUUUACUAGUACAAGUGAGUUGAAUAAAAUGAUUAAAGAAAGUAUAGCUAGAAAUAGGGCUAACAGGGCAGCUACCGAGUCUAAUACAGAUAUUGAUCAAAGUACUGGUAAUAGAGAUAGCACUGAAUCUUCCACCAAUAAUAGCACUAAUCAUAAUGAUGCUUAA